AUGAAGUUGCAUUACAUCGGUGUCCUCAAGAACGACGCCAAGCCCGCCGUCGAGCUCGUCGCCGAGAAGGAGCUGAGCGCAUACUCGCGCUUCACCCGUGCAAACUAUGGCGAGUUCAUGACCUUGUUUGCCAAGACGGUGGCCGAGCGGACGCGCCCAGGCCAGCGGCAAGACGUCGAGGAGCAGGACUACACAUUCCACGCCUACGGGCGGUCCGAGGGCGUGUGCGGCAUCAUCAUCAGCGACCACGCUUACCCGGCGCUCGUCGCGCACCAGCUGCUCUCCAAGGUCGUCGACGAGUUCCUGGCCGCCCACCCAAAGAACACCUGGUCGUCCGCGACGGCCGACAACAGCGGCGCCGUCGUCAUGCCCGAGCUCAAGGACUACCUCACAAAGUACCAGGACCCGCACCAGGCCGACAGCAUCAUGAAGAUCCAGCGCGAGCUCGACGAGACAAAGAUUGUCCUGCACAAGACCAUCGAGAGCGUCCUCCAGCGCGGCGAGAAGAUUGACGACCUGGUGGCCAAGAGCGAUGGGCUGAGUAACCAGAGCAAGAUGUUUUACCAACAAGCAAAGAAGCAGAACUCAUGCUGCAUUCUAAUGUAG